AUGCAGAUAGCACCGAAGAAGGGGGAAAGAAAAGACUUCAAGGACUUUGGGGGCGCGCCGCAGGAUCUGACGGCGGCCGAGCGAGUGCUGCUGCAGAUGAACCAAGUGCCCAGGUUGAAGGCCAAGUGCCGCGUGGCGCUGUUCAUCAUGAAAUGGGAGGAGCUCCGCAACGAGAGCGUGCAGGCGCUGGACACCGUCCAGGCCGCCUGCCAGGAGCUUCGUCGGAGCUCCCGCCUCCAGAGCGUCCUCUCAUGCGCCCUGACCGUGAGUGCCCCUUUCGCGCAACACCACCCGCUCACAGACCUGCCAUGCCCCCUGCCCGCCCAUGGACACCGCGGCCGCCAUUUCAUCCAAGGCGAUACCCUGGACGGGGGCACAGCAGCCACACUUUCUAGCCCCGCCUGUGCUUGGCUGCGCAGCUGCCCCCAUGCCUGCUUUCUCCACCCAUUCUACUAA